AAAAAUAAGACUGCUCGCUCGUUCAUUUCAUCCUACGAAUCCCCGUAUCGGCGUAUCCAGCCCCCUCUCCGAUUCUCACUCUGCUUCCAGGCGGACAUCUCUGCAACUAAGUGGCGGAGAGCUAUUGAAUGUUCUACUGCGGCGGCGGAAAACCUUUGACAUCUGUUGAGGUGCCGACGAACCGGAUCUGGAUAAGCACAGCUUCUUCGAACCAGGGACGAGCCCGAAAUCGGCUUCACCCUAACAUUACGAGGGUGGAGGUCGAAUCGAAAUUCGAAAGAGCAUCUCACAGAAAGCAAUUGGGUUUCAAGGUUUAUGUUUGGAAUUUCCCCAUUUCUCUACGACUCUACCACGCUAUAUUUCCCGCAAGGGUGAAUUUCGGCACGAACCAGAAAGAGAGAUGGCAAGCAUUAAUACAGUAGCGGUGAAUCCGAGUAUGAGUGGCUUCUCCGCCACUCGCUGCCGCAAUCCGCCGCACCGAAGCACGCGGGUGAGUUUCAGGGCGAUGAGGAUCGAGAAACCACUGGAGGAGUUGUACAACGUGCGAGUGGAGAAGGCGGUGGCGAAGGAGAGAUUGGAGAAGCUGGGGGUAUGGAGAUGGUCGAUGUGGAAGACGGGUGGGGACACCAAGCUGGCGUGGGACUGGCACGUGGACCAAUGGGUGUACAUCGAAGAAGGAGAGGUGAGGGUGGUGCCAGAAGGGAGCGAGCGGUAUAUGCAUUUCGUCGCCGGCGAUUUGGUUCGCUAUCCCAAAUGGUUUGAGGCGGAUCUCUUCUUCACUGGAUUUUACCAAGAACGCUAUAGCUUUCGAGCUUAUGGUGAUGAUGAUGAUUAUUAGUUGAUGAUUUUAUUAUUAAUCUCGUUUCCUUCGUUCAUUGUUUGUAAUUGCGCAAUGCCCCUCAUGGCACGUCUCACCUAAUUCCUAGACUAUGGCAUAAAAGGCAUUGCAUAUGGCGUUGGGAGUGUGGCGUACGCAAUAUUGCACCGAGGCGUACGCAAUAAGGUGCUAUGAGGCGUACGCAAUAGGAGAAGGUUAGAGGGUAAGGCCGUAAGGGUAUUAUUUGGGUCCACCCGGGCCACUUUUAAAAUUUUAUAAUUGAUGUUAUGAUCUCUAUUUCAAAC